AGGGGCAGCCUUAGAAGCCUUUUCCUUUGUUUGUUGGAAGGCAAGGAAGGAAUAAAUUAUUUGUGGGUUAGUUCCUUGCAGCUUCUUCAAAUGUUCUUUGCUAUAAAUUCACCUUUAAGCAUUCCCAUUUUCCACAAACCAAGCUGUGUUCUGCUGCCCUCUUCUUCUGUCAUCGAAUCUGGUCUUUCCUUUACUCUCUUUUUUUCAAGAACUCUCAGCUGGUUUAUGUUCAUUUCUGUCAAGCUCAUAAAAGCUUGCAUAGAAGCUCUUGAUUUUAUCUUUCACAAGAGGGUUCUCUUGAAAGGGAUUUUUUAAACAGUAAAAAUGGGAGUUGGCGGUACUUUGGAGUAUUUAUCUGACUUGAUGGGCAGUACCCAUAAACACAAAAAGAAGAAGCAAUUACAGACUGUGGAGCUGAAGGUAAGGAUGGACUGUGAUGGCUGUGAGCUUAAGGUCAAGAAAGCCCUCUCUUCAUUAAGUGGAGUUAAAUCAGUGGACAUAAGCAGGAAACAGCAGAAGGUGACUGUAAUUGGAAAUGUUGAAGCAAGCAAGGUGCUGAAGAAGGCAAAGUCAACAGGGAAAAGGGCAGAGAUUUGGCCCUAUGUUCCUUACAAUCUAGUGGCUCAGCCUUACACUGCUCAAGCUUAUGACAAGAAAGCACCUCCUGGUUAUGUCAGGAAUGUAGAGAACACUGCCACCACUGGCACUGUGACAAGAUAUGAGGACCCAUACAGCACCAUGUUCAGUGAUGACAACGCCAACGCAUGUUCUAUUAUGUAGUUGAAAGAAACAACAUAAAAAUUCUGUCUUAUCUACCUAUAAACCACUGUAAAAUUCCAAUGUAGGGGGGGUUUUAACAAUUAAAUUUUGGUUUGGGGUUUCUUUUUUAGUAAGAAGUAUGAGAAAAUUUGUUAGCUAAUCUAUGUUUCCUUACUUUUCUUCUCUGAAAGAUCAGCAGUAGCCUGUAGUUUUGCAAUGACAAUGAGUGGUAUUUUCUGGGCCUUGCAAUGCGGAAUGGUUAUUGGGUAUUUGGUGA